AUGGGGAGCUUGGGAGAAGAAGAUUUAGAGAAGCUUGUGAUCGAUUAUAUUGAGUCUCCGAUCAUAGUCGUCUCCGAUGAUGUGGAGAAAUCUUCAAGAGCUCUUAUCACUCUUCAGGAGAUUCUUGUGACACAAGGACAAAAAGAGAAGGAAAUAGAAGAGAAGAUUAAGUCGUUUAUCAAGAGAAGAAGAUUAUUCUAUGAAGGAGACGAUGAGAAGAGAGAUGUGAUGAAGAAGAUCGUCUCUAAGCUUAGAUCUGAUGGCUACGAUGCUUCUAUCUCUAAAACCUCAUGGGAUUCUUCUUUUGAUCGCCGUGAAGGAUGUAGAGUGUUUAGGUGCUCGAGGAAGUACGAGUACAUAAACAUCAUGGUGACGAGUGAUCGCGACAGUGAUGACGUAAGCGACGCGAGACGUGUGAUAGUUGAUCUUGAUUUCAAAUGUCAGUUCGAGCUAGCGAAACAGACAAAAGGUUACAAAGACGUGACUGAGAUGCUUCCGACACUUUUUGUUGCGACAGAAGAGAGACUCAAGAGAGUUGUUUCGUUGGUUUGUGGUGAGAUGAAAAAUUCGAUGAAGGAAGAAGGAAUGCCUCGACCUCCAUGGAGGUCUACGAGAUACAUGCAAGCCAAGUGGAUGUCUGAUAAUCGUCGAAGAGCCUCUGCUUCUAAGAGAGAGUCUUGGUUUGUUCUUGAAGAAGGUGAUUCUGAUGGGAAUAAAACUACGUGUUGCCUUCCUAUUUUCUGA